AUGGCCAAGCUGCAGGGGCUUCAGGCUGACUACGUCUUCCGCGGCACGGAGCACGUUGUGAGGAUGACCGUGAACGGGAGCGUCCUGGAGGUGGAAGUGGAGGACCGGCUCACCACCGAUCAGUGGAGAGGAGAGUUUGACGCCGCCUUCAUUGAAGAUUUAACUCACAAGACGGGGAACUUCAAGCAGUUUGGGAUCUUCUGCAGCAUGCUGGAGUCUGCCCUGAGCCAGAGCAGCGAGUCGGUCACCUUGGACCUCCUCACCUACACUGACCUGGAGGCGCUGAGGAGCCGGAAGAUUGGGGUGGGCCCAAGGCACGCGCCCUCCGCCUCCAAGUCCUCGCUGCUGAGUUCCAAGCGUUACCUCAUCCUCAUCUACUCCGUCGAGUUUGACAGAAUCCACUACCCCCUCCCGCUGCCCUACGUGGGCAAGCCAGACCCUGUAGCGCUGCAGAAGGUCAUCAGGGAGCUGAAGGAGGAGCUGGCCGUGCUGAAGGCCAAACCAGGCAGGGAUUUCCGGGACGCGGAGAUCCGCCGGCUGCGGGACGAGCUGGGCCGGGUGCUGGAGGAGAAGCAGGAGGUGGAGUCGGCCCUGCUCGGGCUGCAGGAGGAGCUGAAACUCUGCAGCAAGAGCAGCGCCGGGAAGGAGGUGAAGAUCCUGAAGAAGAUUGUGCAGAGCCUGGAGGAGGAGCUGCUGAAGGAGCGAAGCAAGCACCAGCGAGCGGCCAGCAAGCGCCUGCAGGAGAACCGGCAGCUGGCUGACGAGCUGGCGGAGGUGAAAGCAUCGGAGAGGAGCCUCCGUGUCCGAGUGAAGAGUCUGACCAAUGAGCUGGCCUUAUACAAGAAAGGGCGCUUGACCCCCACCGGCCCAUCCCCUCAGAACCGAUCGGCAUCCUCCCGCGGCUUCAGUCACGCUGCCCCAGGCCGGAGCAGCGCUGCGGCCAUGGCCCGAGAGGAGCGGCGCUCCACCUCUGGGGAGCGCUCCAACUCCCGGGAGCGUGGCGGGGCCUGGCCAAUGAACCGGCCACGCUCCACGUCCAGAGAAGGGCGCGGCGGGAGCCAGACCCGCCUCCCUCGCCAGUCACCAUCACCCACAGGCACCCGGCCGCCGCGCUUCGACCCCACGGCCUUUGUGAAGGCCAAAGAGCGGAAGCAGAAGGAGGCAGAACUGAAAAACCAGCGACGGGUCCGGCGGGGCGCGGGUGAUGCGCCGCCCGGCAGCUGGAGCCGCUCCAACUCCCGGGGCCUGGCAGCCUUCAGCGGAGACAGCCUGGGCAGGAGUCGCGGACGCAGCUCGUCGGUGGAGAGCUUCCGCAGCCGGCGCUCUUCAGCAAGCUCGGGCAGCGAGGCAGAUGAUUACUCCGAGCCAGUACCCCUAAGGGGCAGGCGGCGGGCCCCCCGAGGCAGGAAGCCCUUGAGUUCCUCCUCCUGGAACGGCCCCAGCGGGGCUCCUCGAGCGGAUGCCGGGCGCAGGAAACGCCUGGCCAGCACCCCCACCGCGAGCAAGCGAGCGGAUAAAGAGAACCUGUACGAUGAGCCAUCGGCCGACCUGUCCGAGAUCGACGCCCGGCUGCAGGCCCUGCAGGAGUACAUGAACAACCUGGACACCAGAACGUAG